CAUUGUUAUUAGAAGCAUCAAGCGAUGCAUACAUUGGAUGUUUUAAGGUUGACUCCUAUGCUGAUCUACCUUACAUGGCAUACAACUCAGACUUAAACAAUACCCCAGAGCGGUGCAGUGUAUCAUGUAGUCGAGCAGGUUAUUAUAAGUAUGCAGGGGCUACAUUGGGACAAAGCUGCUAUUGUACCAACAAUUAUGGUGAAUAUAGUCUGCGACCAGAUGCAGAGUGCAGAUCUAUAUGUCCAGGCGAUAGUACGCAAAAGUGUGGCGGACUUUUUCGUUUAAGUUUUUACCAAACAUCUUUGGCUUGGACACUUUGCCCUUCGACAACAACGGCAGAAGAAGGACCCUGCAAGUUUACAAUGAGUGAAGCUACUAGCAGCCCAAAUCCGGAUUACACAAGAGUUUAUAGUUCACGCAAGGGACAGGUUUUUUUCUCCAAUGAUGCUGAGAUUGAUACUGACCUCCUUAAAUGCUGCAUAAAUGGACCAUUUUCAAUCGUCGCAAACCUGACAAACUUUGGGUGUCAGUCAGGUAGUACAAUCAAGCUGUGGUAUGGCUAUCCACUAAGAAAUCACCAACUUUGUUAUCAACAAGAGUUUACAAUACAAGAUCCAACUUUGAGUAUGGAAUCUUCACUUUUUAGUGUGCAAACUCUUCGGCCUGAAGACGCAGCUGUGUCUCCUUGGUACAUCACAAUUACAUGUGCUGAUGCAUAAAGCUUCCUGUAGUUUCUAAGUAAUGACUUGAUGAAUAAAAAUCAAACAAAACAACCAUUUUGAAUACAAA